UCUGCGCCCUGACAGAACUGCGCUUUUUCGAGACGGAACGCGAGAGAAACUGAAGCCCAUCCCAUCAACAAUCCGUCGCAAACCGCAACCAUGACGCGUGACCAAACAACAACAACAACAACAUCACCCACAAACCCCGACGCCGCCGCCCGCUCCUGGCUAAGCGGCGGCGGCGGCAGCAGCAGCGGCUCUUCCUCUCCCCCUCUUGCUCCCUUCGCGCCCUCUCAAGACCUCCAACAACCACCACAGUCCAACACCACACCACAAGUCCCAGGAGGCCAACAAUCCCCCCAGUCACCCUCCCAACAACAACAACAACAACAACCAAAACCCACCCACUCAUCCAACCGCAUCUCCCUCACAGAAGUCGCCUCCACCAUCUCCCCCUCCGACUUCCUCUCCGUGCACGAAACGCCCUGCGCCCGCCAAGGCUUCAUGACGGGCAUCGGCGCCGGCGCAGGCAUCGGUGUGUUGCGGUGGAUCAUGGGCUUGCCGAUCCCGAAAGCGGCCAACUGGGGUGUAGGGUGCGGGAUCGUGGGGGCGAUGGCGCAGUACGAGUACUGCCAGUGGCAGAGGAGGAAGGAGAAGGAGAAGAUGCAGAGGGUGGUGGCGGUUUAUACGAAGAAGCAGGCGGAGAAUAGGGCCAAGGAAGCUAAAGAGGCGAAGGAGAAGGCGGAAAAGGGGGAGGUGCAGGGCACGUCGAUUGCACCUGGGGGCGAGAAGAAGAACUGGUACAAGUUUUGGUGAGGGGGGUGAUGAGGUGAGAGGGCUUUGAUGUGCUGAGGGGUUGUGUUAGGAUAGAGGUUGAAGGGCAUAGCUAGGAGUAG